AGCCAAUCAGCCAUCUACAUCGUCAGUAUAUACGGAAAGUCCGCUCUUGCCUUUGCCCUUCUUUCGGAAUUGCUUGCUGCACGCUCCGUUGAGAACACUUUCUCGCAUCGCGGUGUCGACUGCAGUUCCAGUACUCUUCCCGGUAUUGGCGACACUUGGGAGACCUUUGCCGACAGCUGGGGCAUGGCCGCUGGCGAUCUCAAGCCUCUCAACCCUGAUCUGGACUGCCCCAACUUCGAUGAAGAGACAGAAUACUGUGUCUCUGGUGAGGCAAAAGAUGACGAGCCUACCAAGACUAUCAGUGACCGCGAGCUCACUCAGCCUGGGCUGUCUGAUGACUGUGACAAGUUCCACAAGGUCGUGGAUGGGGAUAGCUGUGGUGCAAUUGAGGCUUCAGCCGGCAUCACCCAUUCGCAAUUGUCCAAAUGGAAGACCUACAUCAAUGACAGUAUAUUUUCUCCCUCUUCUAUUUCUGGCUCUAUCUCCUUCAGCCACGCUAACUCUCAAUGCUCAGAGUGUUCCAACAUUUGGCUGGACUUUUACAUUCCUAACCUGACCCUUGACAGCAAGAAGUAUCACAGGGUGGUUGAUGGUGAGAGUUGCCCUGCGAUACAGAAGGAGGCUGAUGGUAUCUCUCUCGCUCAGUUCCGAGAGUGGUAUUCCAAUGUCGAUGCCAAGUGCGGUAACCUCUGGAAUGGAUACUACGUGUGUAGUGGCGUUUGA